UUCUUUCCCGUUUCACACGUGAAAUUUAAAAAUGUGUUCUAACGCAUCUUGAAUUUUUACUAAGUAAUUUUACUAAUUUAUAGGACUUAAUUUUGUCCGUGUUUGAUAAUGGAUUGUACCCCAUAUAUCUAUGUGUUAUCAUUCUAACCUGUAUAAACUGUUGUACUACUUAGCAAGGUGCUAUAAUAAGCCUGUUGUUGUUGUUUCCCAGUUUGUAGAUCAGCUGGUGAACCUCAUGCAUGCACAAGCCGGACUUUUUUUUUUGUCUGCUCUAGUUAGGUUAUAAUUUAUGUGUUUAUUUUAGCCUUGUGGUUGAGCUACAAUGAGCACGUCCACUGGAGCUCCUCAGUCUUGUGUGCACUUUGGCCAGGUGGUUAUUGGUCCACCUGGAUCAGGUAAAACCACCUACUGCUUAGGCAUGUAUAACUUCCUGAGUCAAAUGGGGCGUAAAGUCGUGGUAAUAAACCUGGACCCUGCAAAUGAAGGACUACCAUAUCAGUGUGCAGUGGACGUUUCAGAGCUGAUCACACUUGAAGAUGUGAUGGAGGGUUUAAAACUUGGCCCUAACGGUGGCCUCAUCUACUGCAUGGAGUAUUUAGAGGCCAACAUGGACUGGUUAGAGGCUAAACUGAAGCAGCACCAUGAUUGCUAUUUCCUUUUUGACUGUCCUGGUCAGGUGGAGCUUUACACUCAUCAUGGUUCAGUCAGAAAUAUAUUUGCCCAGCUCUCUAAGUGGAAUUUCAGGCUGACUGCGGUGCAUCUGGUGGAUUCGCAUUACUGUGCUGAUCCAGCCAAGUUCAUUUCUGUGCUCUGCACCUCGCUGUCCACCAUGCUUCAAGUGGAACUUCCUCAUGUCAAUGUGCUGUCAAAGAUGGAUCUUAUUGAGCAGUAUGGCAAGCUGGCCUUCAAUCUUGACUUCUACACGGAGGUUAUGGAUCUGUCGUACCUGUUGGAACAUUUAGCCACCGAUCCGUUCUUUAAGAAGUUCCACCGUCUGAAUAAGAAGUUAGCUGAAGUGAUUCAGGACUAUGGCCUUGUUUCCUUUGUCCCUCUAAAUGUGCAGGAUAAGGAGAGCAUGAUGCAGGUCCUUCGCACUGUGGACAAGGCCAAUGGCUACUGCUUUGGUGACAUGGAGGAAAGAAAUAUGCAAGCUAUGAUGUCUGCUGCUGUUGGUGCAGAAUUUCAGUUUAACUUAGCUCUGGGAGUGCAAGAGAGAUAUGUGGAAUCCAACAAACAGACUUUGAAAGAAGAGGUCAUGGACUUGCAAAUGUAGUAGAAGCUUAAUUUAAUAACUUAAUAUUGACUUGACUUUAUUUCCUAAACAGAAGGUUUUGAAGUUUGACACUGUGCACAUACCAUGACCAUUAAAAAAACUCUCUCCUUUUUAAAUGUACCUUUUUAAUAUCAUAUACAGGACUGGCCCUUAUGAUACUUUAGGACUGGCAUGGUCAAUGUUUUUUAUUUUGCACUGUAGACAACACAUUUAGGUCUGGGAUCAAAAGAGGAAUAUGAGAAGAGUAUUAAAAUUUCAGCUUUUAUUUCCUAUUAUUUAUAUAUAGGUGUUUAACAACAUAGAACAUAGUAUUAUAUUUUGAAUACAAAAUAUUGGAACAUGU